CACACUUGGAGCAUGCUCCUGGGGGAUCCCAGGGGGUGGGGUACGGUGCUGCCUGCCCUGAGGUGCCCCAGCAGGUGCCCCACCCCCUCGAACCCUCCUUUCCCCUGAAGCCCCUGCCUCCAGGCCCAAGUCCCCAGGGCCCCUCUCCAGGCCCCACAGUGCUCGUCCCCCACAGGUUCGGGCGGAAGCCGGCGCUGAGCUGGUGCUCCCUGCAGGUGGCUUUGGCCAACACCAGCACCAUCUUUGCUUCCAAUUUCCUCAUCUACUGUGGCCUCCGGUUCCUGAGCGCUUUUGGAGUGGCCGGCAUCAUCAUGACCCCGGUGACGCUCAUGGUGGAGUGGACCACAACCCGCAGGAGGGCCGUCACCAUAACAAUGCUGGGAUGCUCCUAUAGCCUGGGCCAGAUGACCCUGGGGGCCCUGGCCUUCACCCUGCGGGACUGGCGGGCUCUCCAGCUGGCCGUGUCGAUGCCCUUCUUUGCCAUCUUCCUGAUCUCCUGGUGGCUGCCGGAGUCUGCCCGAUGGCUGAUUAUUGUGGGCAAACCGGAACAAGCGCUCCAGGAGCUCAAAAAGGUGGCCAGGAUAAACGGCCACAAGGAAGCCACAAAGUCACUGACCGUCGAGGUGCUCAUGACCAGCAUGCACGAGGAGGAGGAGGGGGCCUCUAAGAAGGCCCGCAGGUCAGUGCUGGACCUGUUUCUCAUGCCCGUGCUCCGCUGGAGAAGCUGCAGCAUGUUCCUGGUGAGCUUCUCCCAAAUGAUCUCCUACUACGGACUGGUCCUCGACCUGCAAAACCUGGGGAGUGACAUCUUCCUCCUCCAGGUCCUCUUCGGAGCUGUGGACUUACUGGGCCGGGCCACCACCACUUUCUUGUUCAGCUUCUUGGGCCACCGCACGACCCUGGCCAGCUUCCAGAUCAUGGCUGGCCUCUCCAUCCUGGCCAACAUACUGGUCCCACAAGAUUUGCAGACCCUGCGCUUGGUCUUCGCCGUGCUGGGAAAAGGAUGCUUUGGCAUAAGCUUAACCUCUAUCUCUGUCUACAAGCCUGAACUCUACCCAACUGCGCUGCGGAUGACAGCAGAUGGCUUCCUGCAGUCGGCAGGUCGUCUGGGGGCUGUGACGGGGCCCCUAAUCAGGAUGACUCGCCCGGCCGUGCCCCUGCUGGCCCCCGUCUCCUACGGUGUCAUCCCCAUCGCUUCCAGCCUCAUCCUCCUGCUCUUUCUCCCGGAGACCAAGGGGCUUCCACUUCCUGACACCAUCCAGGACCUGGAGAGCCAGAAAUCGGCAGCAGCCAAGGGCAAGCAGCAAGAGGUGGCCAUUACAGAGAGUACCUGGUUCUAGCAAUUCUGCCUGCGAGGAGCCCCUUUGGCUGAAGAUCCCCACGAAAGAACUUGCCUCCUCUCCAGUGGAGGGAGGAAGCAAUCUGGAGAACCUUGAGGGCCUAUAGCAUGGCUGAUGCUGGGGCAGCUGGGCUGAGGGGCAGCAUUGAGGCUGAAGGCUGCUUUCCCUGCUCACUUCUCUUCCCCCCACCUCAGCCCUGCAGAGGCCUGGCCCCGUCGACAAGAUGGGUUCUGUCCCCUCCCUGCCAGGCUCCCAUCUUCACACCUUCACUCAAAACUCCUGACUCACUUCACUGAACCGGAAGCUGCAGGUUUCUCACCUCCGAGCUACCAGAGUGGAUCCUAGGACAAAAAAGGAAGGAUCUGGACAGACCUGAGUCCCAACCCCUCCCCCACCAUUUGCAGAGUCCUCCUCUGUAAAACGGAAAUGAUUAUGGAAUCUACCUCCCCGGGGAGGGGGUCCGGGGGUGAUAGGUUAACAGAUCUUAGCACAGACCAGAGUCCAACACAUAGAACCUUCUAGCGGAGCUGCCAGCCUCAGGUGUUCAGGUUGUGCUCUGCCUGAGGCAGCAGCUGAUGCAGGACACGUUGGGCUACGUGCAGGAACAGCGGGAACCACCAGGGCCUGUGGGAGGCAGACUUUGUAGCACCAAGAGGGCAGAGUGAUCCCUGGUUCCCAAGGGAGGAUGUGAUUGAUGUGUCUGAGGAAUCCCACCCGUUACCAGGGAACUGAGGCCCCCUGCUCAGGAAUAACAGGAAUGGCCCUUGGUUGCUUGACAAUAAGUGUUGUUUGCUAUGGGACCCUAUCCACAGGAGCAGGUGGGGCAGGACUUGCAGUUUGGCCAUUUGAGACCCUCCUGGUUUCCCUACAUGUCAAGGCAGCACAUCAUACUGGGCCUUAGUUUGAGGCCUUACAUCACAGGGGCACCCUUCGGUUGUCCAUCUCAAGGGGUCACCUUUGCCUAAUUCACACAAAGACCUUCCCUGUGCUGGCAGCAGCCCAUGCUGCUAAAACUGUGGGAUCACUGAGGCUGACCACCUACUUUAGAGGUAAGAAAACUAAAACUCAGAGAGGUGGAGUGACAUGCUUGGAGUCCCAUGGCUGAGCCCUGGCCAGGAGGCCGGGCUCCCAGUCCAGAGCUCUUUCCAGCACACCAGGCUCCUCACCCUCACCUCCAGACCUCCAGGCCUGACAUCUGCAGCCCUGUCACAGAGUUACUCCCACACCCUUCCCUGGAGAGCCAGACCCUCUAGGCAACUGCCCACUCUCCUUGGAUGACUCGGAAGCCUCAAGCCAUAGGUUUCCCAUCCCAGGCAUCCCCAUUUCCCUCUGUCAAAUCCAGUGCACACCAGGCCAAUCAAACACAAUUCAAAUCAAAUCCUCUGUCUGCUUAAAACCUUCUGGUGGCUCAAGAUAAAGACCACACUUCCCCCACCAAUAGGCUCCCAUGGUUCUCUAGCCUUGCUUCACAUGUAAUAAAUGUUUAAAAAUUCAAAUCA